AUGGUCAAAAAAUAUUUGCUCUUCAUGGUGCAGACGCACCUGAACUUUAGGCUCGCGGAGUUGGAAUCGCUGGCGGACUUGUUCGGCGUGAAGACGGUGGAUUUCAGCAAAUACGACGAGGGCUCGCCGUUUUUCAUCGUGGAGCUGGAGAAUGACGCGCAGGCUAGGGCAUGGAUCUCGAGGUCAAUUUUGACACGCGGGAUCUAUGAGUAUUGGGGCCAGGGGACCACAUACGAGGAGCUGCACCGCGAGAUCCAGGCCAACCCGCUGUUUAAGCAGUUCAAGGCCGAGUACAGAAACUCGACGUUUAAGUUUGAAUUCGACAGCUUUGGCGGAAGCUCGUCCGGGAAACUGGACCGCGUAGCGUGCAUUGAGUCUUUCAAAUACCUGGAGUUCCAGGGCAAGAUUCGCAUGAAAAAUCCAGACCAAGUGUUCACGGUGAUCGAGGAAUACGAGCCUUUGAGCGACAACGUUGCCGGUGAGAAGGCGUUGCGGAUGUUCUUUGGGCGGGAGGUGCAGAAGAGUGACCGUUUAUGCGGCGCACUGGAAAAGUACGACCUCAAGAAAAGGCCCUACAAGGGAACCACCAGUUUCGAGGCCGAGCUGUCGCUGGUGAGUGCGAACAUCGCGCAGGUGAAGCCUGGCACGGUGAUGUACGAUCCGUUUGCGGGCACGGGAUCUUUCUUGGUUGCGGGUGGACACUACAAGGCCUUGGUUAUCGGGUCGGACAUCGACGGCCGGAUGAUCAGGGGCAAGGGCUCGCAAACAAUAAAGGCCAACUUCAAAAGGUACGGCGAGAGCCUCCAGUUUCUGGAUGUGGUCACGAUGGACUUUACGCACAACGCACUGCGGAGCGACUUCCUGAUAGACACGAUCCUCUGCGACCCCCCUUACGGGAUUCGUGAGAGUAUCAAGGUGCUGGGCGCCAGAGACCCUGAGCGUUUUGUGGGCAAGGAGGACGUCGAGAUCGACGGGAAGAAAGCGUACUUGCACCGAGACUAUAUUCCUACAAAGAAGCCGUACUCUUUGGACGCUCUGCUGGACGACCUACUGCAGUUUGCGUCACAGAGGCUGCCUCUGAACGGGAGGCUCGCGUUCUGGAUGCCGGUUGCGAACGACGAAAACAUCGAGACCGUCAUCCCGCUGCACGCGAACUUGGAGCUCAAAUACAACUGUGUCCAAGAAUUCAACAAGUGGUCGAGAAGACUGCUGGUGUACGUCAACCGGGGCGACGGGUUCCAGGGGCCCACGAACGCUGGCCUGGAGCGGUCGAAAGCCAAUUUCAGAGACCGUUAUUUUAGCGGGUUUAAUUAA